CUGCUGCUGCUGCUGCACCGACUUCUGCCAUCAGUAUUGCUGCUACAGACACCAGUGACAGACGGGGCGUUCUUACUCUUAAAGUGACUUGAAAGAUGAGGGCUGCCAUCUCACUGCUGGUGCUGCUGCUCUCCAUGUGUGGAGUUCAGACAGAGAUCCCCGGCACUGACGCCUCUACCCAGGACGUCUCUACUGAGCUGAAGGAAAUGGUGGUGGACCUGAGAGCAACACUACGACAUACUCGAGAUGACAUUAAGGUUUUGGAGGCUGAGAAUGUAGCAAUGAAACAAAGGCUUGUGGCCAGUGAGAGUAAGGCUCUGGAGAGGGCGCUACAGGACACCAAAGCAGAAAUGAAGACGCUGGUAGACAAUCUGAUGAAGAAAAAUGCAGCACAAGAGACAGAGCUGACAGCAGUGAAGACCAGACUGGCAGCUAGUGAAACUAAAGUGGAGAAUCUGGAGAAAGAGAUCAGAGCAGCACCCAAGGUGGCCUUCUCAGCAGGUCUGAGGGAAUCUGGAUGGGGAUACACAGAGGCUGGGAGUAAUGACAUGAACUUAGUGUUCAAGACAGUCAUCACCAAUGUAGGAGAGGCCUACAGCAGUACGACUGGCUUCUUCACAGCUCCAGUCAGGGGGGUCUACUACUUCAGGUUCACUGUUUUGGAUUAUCUGGACUCACACUUCAUGAGUAUCAUAUUGCAUAAGAAUGGGGAGAAGAUCAUGGGGCUGUCUGAGUAUGACACUGAUAGAUAUCAGACCUAUCUGUCCAGUGGCCUGACUCUGCAGCUGGAGAAGGGAGACACAGUAAACCUGAUGCUACCAAAAGGCAAGAGACUCUGGGAUACUUAUUCUAAUCACUACUGCACCUUCAGUGGCUUCCUGCUCUUCCCUCUCUGCAUGCCAGAAGAUCACCAUGACCACUCACCACUCAUUUAGGAAAUUAUUUAACUGAGGA